AUGACAAAAGCAAUCGUAAAAACCGAUUUCCGGUUUGACGGGCAGAAGAGCCUGUAUGAAGGAAAGGUACGUGAUGUCUACAAUAUCGACGACCAGUAUUUGGUGAUGGUCGUGAGCGACCGGAUUUCGGCGUUCGACGUCGUCCUGCCGAAAGGGAUUCCCUACAAAGGACAGGUGCUGAACCAGAUCGCGUCGAAAUUUCUCGACGCCACGUCCGAUAUCUGCCCGAACUGGAAAAUCGCUUCGCCCGAUCCGAUGGUGACGGUCGGUUACCGCUGCGACUCGUUUCCGGUCGAGAUGAUCGUGCGCGCUUACCUGACCGGCAGUUCGUGGCGGGAUUACAAAGCCGGCGCCCGGGAGAUCUGCGGCGUGCCCAUUCCGGACGGAAUGCGCGAACACCAGCGUUUCCCGCACCCGAUCGUCACGCCGACGACCAAGGCCGAGAUCGGCGAGCACGAUCAGAAUAUUUCGAAAGAGGAGAUCAUCGCCAAAGGACUGGUUUCGAAGGCCGAUUACGAAAUGCUCGAAAAAUACGCGUUGGCGUUGUUCGAUCGCGGAAGCAAGAUGGCUGCCGAGCGCGGCCUGAUCCUGGUCGAUACGAAGUACGAAUUCGGCAAGAAGGACGGCGAGAUCUACCUGAUCGACGAGAUUCAUACGCCGGACAGUUCGCGCUAUUUCUAUGCCGACGGUUACGAGGAACGUUUUGCGAAAGGCGAGCCGCAGCGUCAGUUGUCGAAGGAGUUUGUCCGCGAAUGGCUGAUGGACCACGGUUUCCAGGGGAAGCCCGGACAGCAGGUUCCGCAGAUGACCGACCAGUUCAUCGGGAGCGUCAGCGACCGGUACAUCGAGCUGUACGAGAAGAUCACCGGCGAGCAAUUCGUCAAGGACGAAGCGGCCGAUAUCACUUCGCGGAUCGAAAAUAAUAUAAAACGGGUUUUUAUGAAUACGAAUCUGGAUGGGCUUUCGCCCCGCGAGGUGUGGGAAAAAUUCGCCGAGAUCGCUCGUGUGCCGCGUCCGUCGCGGCACGAGGAGGCGAUUCGGGCGUAUCUGGUCGCCGAAGCGCGGACGCACGGCAUCGCCUGUACGGUCGACGAUGCCGGGAACGUGAUCCUGCGCAAACCGGCUACGCCGGGCAUGGAGUCCCGCAAGGGGAUCAUUCUGCAGGCGCACAUGGACAUGGUUCCGCAGAAAAACGGCGACAAGCGGUUCGAUUUUACGAAAGAUCCCAUCGAAGUCCGUGUCGACGGCGAAUGGGUAAGGGCCGACGGAACGACGCUCGGAGCCGACAACGGGAUCGGAGUUGCUGCGAUUUUGGCCGUUAUGGAGUCUGAGGACGUCGUGCACGGGCCGUUGGAAGCGCUGAUCACCGCGACCGAGGAGACCGGCAUGGACGGGGCCCGCGGUCUGAAAGGCGGAAUGCUCGACGGCGAGAUACUGGUUAACCUGGAUUCCGAGACGGAGGGCGAACUGUAUGUCGGAUGCGCUGGCGGUUUGGAUGCUUCGGUGCGCAUGACGUAUCGUGAAGAUAUUGUUCCUGAAGGAUAUAAGGCUUUCUGGAUUGCGGUAGGCGGUUUGAAAGGUGGACAUUCGGGCAUCGAUAUCCAUCUGGGACGCGGCAAUGCGAAUCGGAUUUUGUUCCGGCUGUUGAGAAAGUGCGAGCGGGAGUGCGGCUUGCGGUUGGCGUCGGUCGACGGCGGCGGCCUGCGCAAUGCCAUUCCGCGUGAGGCGACGGCGACGGUUGUCGUUCCGGACGCUGUCUCGGAUGUUUUUCGGACGCUGGCCGCCGGUCUCGAAUCGGUGUUGAAAGAGGAGUUCCGGGGCGUCGACGAUGCGGUGACCGUUCGGAUUACGGAUGCCCGGCGGCCCGAUUCGCUGAUCGACCCGCAAUCGCAACGGCAAUUGAUCCGGGCCGUACGCGGAUGUCCCGACGGCGUAAUCCGGAUGAAUCCGUCGAUGCCGGGGCUGGUACAGACUUCGUCCAACCUGGCCCGGGUCACCGCCGGAAGCGGGGAGAUUCUGGUGCACUGCCUGUUACGCAGCUCGCUCGAUAGCGAAAAGGCCGAUCUGGGCGACCGGAUCGCCGGGGUAUUCGAACUCGCGGGAGCAGAAGUCGCGCUCGAGGGCGGUUACGACGGCUGGAAUCCGAAUCCGGAUUCGCCGAUUCUGCAUACGAUGAUCGCGUCGUACGAGUCGCUGUUCGGUCGCCGACCGGUCGUUACGGCCAUCCAUGCCGGACUGGAGUGCGGGAUCAUCGGUACGAAUUACCCUGCGCUGGAUAUGAUUUCGUUCGGCCCGACGAUCCUGCACCCGCAUUCGCCCGACGAAAAAGUGAACGUCGCGUCGAUCGUAAAGGUUAUGGAGACGUUCGAUAAAUGGUUUGCCAUCGUCAAUCCCGUCGCCGGAAGCGGCAAGGGACUGAGCGACUGGCCGCUGAUCAGCAAGUUAUUGCGCGAUCACCACAUCGUGCCGGAGUAUGCGUUCACCGAACGCAAGUACCAUGCGAUCGAACUGGCCGUCGAGGCGGUCAACAACGGUUUCCGCAAGAUCAUGGUGGUCGGCGGCGACGGGACGAUCCACGAGGUGGUCAACGGCCUGUUUAUUCAAAAGGCGGUUCCUACGACCGAGGUGCUGGUAGGCGUGAUCGCCGUCGGUACCGGCAACGACUGGAUCCGGAUGUUCGGGAUUCCGCGCAAAUAUUCCGAAGCGAUCCGGGCGAUCGUCGAAGGACACUCUUUUUUGCAGGACGUCGGCGUGGUUUCGUACCACAAGGCGACUUACAAGCAGGAGCGUUAUAUGGCCAACGUGGCCGGGGUGGGCUUCGACGCCGUCGUGAACCGUCGUUACAACCACCUGAAAGAGGAAGGGAAGCGGGGUAAAUGGCUGUAUCUGUGGAGCACGCUGAAAGCCCUGCUGCGCUACUCUUCGACCGGCGUCAAGGUGUAUGUCGACGAUGAAUUGGUCGUUAACGACUUGGUUUACAGCGCUACGAUCGGGAUCGGCAGGUACAACGGCGGCGGGAUGUUACAAACGCCGGACGCCGUGGCCGACGACGGGUUGUUCGACCUGACCGUGAUUCGCAAAAUGAGCUGGCUCUCGGUGCUGUUCCAUUUCAAGGUGCUGUUCAACGGGAAAAUUUACAGGUUGAGCAAGACGAGCCUGAACCGGGGAAGGCGCAUCCGGAUCGAGUCGUCGCCCGAGAUCGCGCUGGAGGUUGACGGCGAAGCGCUCGGAUAUUCGCCGUUCGAGUUCGAGAUCAUCGACCGCGCCGUCCGGGUGGUCGUGGCCAAACGCUUCCUGGAAGAAGGAAGCGCCGGCAAGUCCGUUGCGGAUAGAAUUUUGGAAAAUAAAAAAUAA